AUGAACAUAAGGAAUCACACAUUGCUGAAUGAGUUCAUUCUACGGGGAAUACCUCAGACAGAGGGACUGGAGGCUGUGCUCUGUGCUAUCUUCUCUUUUAUCUACUUCUUCACCCUACUUGGGAAUUUACUCAUCCUUAUAGCAAUUGUUUCUUCCUCUACCCUUCACACCCCUAUGUAUUUCUUCUUGGGACUCCUGUCUAUUUUUGACAUAUUGUUCCCAUCUGUAACAUGUCCCAAGAUGCUAUUGUAUCUCUCUGGCCAGAGCCAAGUCAUUUCUUAUAAGGGAUGUGCUUCACAGCUCUUCUUCUAUCACUUUCUGGGUUCUGCUGAGGGCUGCCUCUAUUCUGUGAUGUCUUAUGAUCGCUUUGUUGCCAUCUGUCACCCACUGAGGUAUAUGCUCAUCAUGAAGCCUGGAGUCUGUGUCGGCUUGGCCAUGGUAGCCGGGUUGGUGGGUUGUCUUCAGGCCACCAUUCUGACCUCUUUUACCUUUCAGUUGUCCUACUGUGGCCCCAAUCAGGUAGACUACUUUUUCUGUGACAUUCCUGCUGUUUUACCCCUGGCUUGUACUGACAGUGCCCUGGCCCAGAGGGUGGGUUCCAUAAAUGUUGGAUUUCUAGCUUUAACACUUUUGUUCAGUGUCUGUGUCUGCUACACUCGCAUUGGGAUUGCCAUCCUGAGAAUCCGUUCAGCAGAGGGCAGGCAGAAAGCCUUCUCCACCUGUAGUGCUCACCUGAUUGCAAUCCUUUGUGCCUAUGGACCUGUAAUCAUCAUCUAUCUGGAGUCCACACCCAACCCCUUGCUUGGCGCCAUGGUACAAAUAUUAAAUAAUGUUGUAUCACCCAUGCUGAAUUCGUUAAUCUAUUCCUUAAGGAACAAGGAAGUGAAAAGAUCCCUGAAAAGAGUAUUCCAAAAUAUUUUACUUACUGUUUGUGAAUAA